AUGCGGUCUCUUCUCCAUUCGCUUCUCCUGGCAUUCCUGGCCCUCGCGAGCUGCUGUGCCGCCCUGCAGGCCAACCUGGCCGGCGUGGUCGACUGGCACAAGCAACAAGUCGGCCAGCCGCUCCUGGUCCCGACCCCGCCGCGCGUGCUGGCCAACUCGACCUCGCUGAUGGCAGUGACAAAGAAGAAUGUCUUGGCUCGCAUUAACAGCCUCACGGGCGCCACUGUCUGGAGGCAGGAGACCUCAGAGGACGACCCGGUUGUGAGCUACCAUGUCUCUAACGACGGCGGCGUUCUGCUCCUCUCGGGCCCCGGUGGUGCGACCGCGCGUUACUUUGACCUCGAGACCGGCGCUAUGAAGUGGGAGCGUACCCUCGCCAAGGCGUCCGAUGCGGUCGCCGACGCCCCCAUCUACACCGGUACCGAUGCCAUCUUCUCCGACGACGCCGUGGUCAUUCUCUCGUGUGGUCGCCACGUCACCAAGAUCACCACGGCCACAGGCGCCCACCAGUGGGGCUGGGGCUUCCCAGUCAAGGGCCUGGCAACACACCUCUUUUCCUACCUCCAGAUCCAGAAUGGCCAGGUUGUCGCCAUGGCGCGCACCGAGGAGCCCAACGCGGCCGCGGCGCACCUUGUGCUCGACCUCGACAGGCUGCUGCCCUUCUCCGACCUGAGCUAUGUGUCGUCCCUCAGCAAGCACAUUGAGUCCUACCUCGUCAAGACUGACGAGGGCCAGAUGCGCGCCGUCUGGACCGAGUACUCGCGCGUCCGUGUCGCCGAGCUCAUCGAGGACGGUACCGCCGGCGAGACCCGCGACACCCUUCCCGGUAACGGCAAGCGUUUCGAGAAGCUCAUCGACGUCGGACUCCGUAACGAGGGAUACAUGCUGGCGACGUAUGAGAGCGGCACCGUCGUGGUGCUGAAGGUCGGCGACAAGGCUGAGAUUGUCCACGAGCUCGAGGGAUCGCGGGACACCAAGGACGGCGCGCCCGUCUUCUCUGCUGCCCAGCUCCCUGGCGGCUGGUUCAUCUUCGCCCGUGUCUACUAUUCGUUUGCCGAGCAGAAGAUGAUGGUCCAGAGCGUGUUCGUCCGCGGUGACGAGGUGUCGACGUCGACGUACCCUAUCGACUUUGACAUGGCCAACGACGGCGCGGUCGAGCACGCCGCCAUCGCUUCGGUCGACGGCCACCAGCCCUCCCUCAUCCUCUUCACUUCUACCUCUGCUAUCCAGUAUCACGCCAGCGCCGACGUGGGCGUCAAGUGGACCCGCGAGGAGAGCCUCGCCGAUGUCGUGGACGUGCGCUUUGUCGACUUGGGCGAGCCCGAGACCGAGGAAGCCCUCGACCACAUGGUUGACGAGUCGUUUGUCGGCCGCGUCGUUCGCCAGGCUAUCGAGAUCAAGAACCUCCCGGCCUUUGUGCUCCGUUUCGUGAACCGCAUGCUGGACUCGUCUGCCGUCGUCGCCACCCCGCCACUCUCCCCCGGCCGCCUCCACCGUGACGAGUUUGGCCUCCAGAAGCUCCUCGUCGCCGUCACCCGCGGCGGCAAGGUGUUUAGCCUCGACUCGGCCAACGGCAACAUUGUGUGGUCGCGCAACCUCGGCUUCUUCUCCCAGACCGGCCCCGAGCUCGAGGUCACCAACGUCUUUGCCACGCGCGAGCUCUCCGAGACCGGAAACCCCCAGGUUGCCAUCCUCGCCGCGCGCACGCGUGACAGCCAGGUCGCCACUCUUGGCUACCACAUCGACGCCUUCACGGGCGACGUUGCCGGUGACAAGGACCCCAACUUUGGCAUUCCCCUUGGCAAGGAGCUGUUCUCGGGCUCCCCCAAGACAGCCUUCCUCACCCACUAUGAAAACUGCUGCACGGGCAACCGUGUCGUCGCGGUCGUGGACGCCGCUGACCAGCUCUACAUUUUCCCCCCUUGCAAGAAGGUCGCCAAGGCCGUCGAGGCCGAGGCGGACCGUCUUUUCUACUCUGUCCUUGACCGCGCGCUCGAGGGCACCACUCUGCGCGGCUAUGCCCCCGCCGUGCGUAACGAGGACAACACCUUUUCCGCUGCCGAGCUGUGGGCCCGCCCCUUCCCCGCCCAGCUUGUCCUGGCCGCCACUCCUCUCACCCCUUCGCAGACGGCCUCGUUUGGCCGUGCCCUCGGCGACAAGUCUGUUCUGUACAAGUACAUGAACCCGCACCUCAUUGUCGUCACUUCCGUCUCGCCCCUCACUGCCCGCGGCCACGUCUACGUUGUCGACUCGACCACCGGCACGACCAUCCACGAGAUUGAGAUCUCGAACGUGGUCGGCGAAAACGUCCAGGCUGCCAUGGUCGAGAACUGGCUGGUGUACGCGUGGCAGGAGGGCCAGAACGGCGAGGGCGUCGGCGGCUGGCGUAUGGGCAGUGUCGAGCUGUUCGAGGACGGCAACGAGAAGAGUGCCGGCCGCUCGACGCUCGAGUCCAUCCCUGCCAUCAAGGCCAUUUCGCAGACGUUCAUCCUCCAGCACCCCGUGCGCGCCCUGACGUUCUCCACGUCCAAGUUUGGCGUCACGUCCAAGGACGUCGUCUACCUCAACGACAAGGGCCAGGUCGCUGUCCUGCCCCGCCGUGUGCUCGACCCGCGCCGCCCCACCGACAAGCCCACCAAGGCCGACCAGGACGAGGGUCUCGUGCCCUACGCGCCUCUGCUGCCGCACCACCCCACCGCGGUCCUGUCGCACCAGUACCGCCUCAUCGGCCUCGAGCACAUUGCCACGGCCCCCGCGCUGCUCGAGUCCACCUCGCUGCUGCUCGCCUAUGGCCUCGACCUGUUCUGCACCCGCGCCGUCCAGCCCAGUGGCACCUUUGACAUUCUCGGCGACGGCUUCAACAAGCUCCAGCUGCUCGUCACCCUCGCCGUCCUCGGUGUGGGCGUCGCCGUCGCGCGUCCGGCCGUGGCCAAGAAGAACCUCCAGUUCAAGUGGUUCUGA